UGGAACGAGAUAGUGUGUCAGGUAGUCCAUUUUCACGAAUGAUUUCACUGACACUGGGCCAUAAACCAGUUAGUGGUUACAGCUGCGGGUCCCAGGUGUAAGCAAAUGAGUGCAUAUAUCGAAUUUUGUUGGGUUGACCUUUUCUAAGGUCACUGUUUGCAUGACGUCCAUACGCAGAGUAAUGCUGCAGCUGUAGGCCUAUACGUUUGCAUUGCUGCGUGCUGCAGACGGCCCGUCUCAUAAAUUAUGACAAUGUAGCGUGGCUGCUGCUACUGUCGAUGAUGCGGUCGAUUGGCGCUGCUCUUCGUGCAGUACACCUCUGCAUCCAACAUGGCGGCCCAGCAUGUCAUCAAGUGCAUACACACCGCAUCCUUGCUGCCUUGUCUAUCCGUGUGUUUCGGCUUGUUCUGGUCUCUCGCCCUGGUCUCGACAUCGUCGGAGGAAAUCACCAAAAUCAAGGUGCCCAAUACGGAGCUGGUGGUCUCCGAGACAGAGAAGCCCUAUUGCACCUUCUUCAACAACCGCAAGCCGGAGUUUCAGCCGAAUCUUAAGAACUGCACCUGGUACCAGGACAACUGCUGUUGCCGCCAGGUCGAAAUCGAGGUGGCUUUCGGCAAAGUCAAACCCCUAAAAGGGGCCACACUACCCUGCCAGAGGUACAUCAAUUACCUGAUCUGCUACAUCUGUGCGCCGACCCAGUACGAGUUCUACCUCCGGCAGAGGCUCACGGUGUGUGAGGAGUUCUGCGAUCUUAUCUUCGACCGUUGUAAAGACGCUAUACUCAAGGGCUCCAAAAUCGGGGAGCUGUACAAGAACGGGACGAAUUUCUGCCGCAGUCGGCGCUUUGAAGUCGCGCCGUACUCCUCGGGAAAGUGCUUCUACUUCAACGAGACCAUGGAUACAUCCUCCACCGGGGCUUUCGUGGCAUCGUCAGCUGCAUCUGUCCUCCUCUGGGUUGGCAUGAUGGUUGUCAAGGUACUGACAAAAGUAUGAGAUGCACGCCCGUGGGAUUUCUUCACACCGACACUUGGAAAAGAGAGAGCAGAGUGUCGUGGGAAACAAUGAGCCUCAAGCUGGACCAAGAGAGGUCGCAAUUUUUUUAGCAACGGGGGUUCCUUUGGUCGGAACUGAACUUAGCUGGUUCACAAACAGCUGUUAAAUGCACGUGUCACGGUCACAUCACUACCAACAAAAUAAAGACUUCUGACCAACAGGACUCUUUACAACCCAUGGAGGGUGCUUCUGCUCGAGGUGGAUACCACAGAGGGGGAGGCAGUGCACACCAGUAAGCUACCGAUAAGUGUUUGGCUGGCUCUGACAUUGUAACAAGAUCGUGACUUGCGUAACCGAGGAAAUAACGAUUCCAAUCCGAAGCAAUAAUGAGAAAAUCCCUUUUAUCAAGGAGAGUCGACGCUCAUGUAAAAGCUACUCACCACUUGAGUGCGGCUUAAAACAAAAGAGUGAGCAGCAAAUGAAGUUGAGCCAUGCACGAUAAUUUUUCUUAAAUCCUCAAAAUGACCGAAUGUCGCAACACUUCCAACUUUAACCAAAUCCUUUUGUACAAGGAAUCACAGAGCUGAAUUUCAGAGCCCCAAAACUAUUGUGAUAACAGCUGCGCCCAAAAGAAGAAAUUCAAUGCAGUUUGUAUUUCCUACGAAGUGAAUUUCACUCCACUUAGGCCUAUCUUUAGGUUCAUUUCUGUAUGAAAAGUGAGUUUAGCCAUUCCUAGUCUCUGAAAUAAUUAUAUGUAAUUUGAGGGAUAACAAUUAGCUCGUAAUCACUUAGGGACUAGAUCACCAAACCGCAGUCCAUGCACCAGCAGUUGAGUUCAUCAUAGCUUAAGGUAUAUGAGGUAACAGUUCAUUUCUGGUAUGUGCAUUCGAAGGCUUCUCACCUGUUCAGUCUAGCACACAGCCUCUCUCUUUCUACACAUCACUGGCGAAACAUUCCUUGAAGAAAUUAGACUCGAUUUUUAUGCAAAUAAAAGUGUAUACAUUUUUACUAAGGACUUGAAAUGUAGCAUAUAGUAUGGAUAUUGCAGAGCAUUUUUUUUCCCACGUAGAGUAAAAUUGAAAUAAGAACGUCAACUUUGCAAUCAGUACUUUCCGUGCAUGAGGUGGUCCGCAGAAAGCUAGUAAAAUGCACGAACAACGCAUAAAGUGAUAUCAUAAGCUGCAAUGAUUAAGCAACACGAUGACAUACGUGUUUGACUGUUCAUUCAACAUUCUGUAAGAAGGAAUAGUUAAUUUCAGAGUAUCUUUGAGUGUCUUUUUACUAUACUGGUAGUCGUUAAGCGAGAUGUUUAGGCGGUUGCAUCAAGCACCGCGUCGUAAUAAUUGAUGUUUGAAAAUGGUAUUGCCUUCGCUUCCGUUGUUACAAACACGCAUCACAUCAACACAGAUGGUGUAUAUUUCAUUCCUUUAUGAUGUUGGUGUUUUGGAGAGGUUUGUCAAAGAGACCAAAAUAAUUACACUUCAGUUUUUGCCCAAGAGUAUAUUUAAAACGCAGGAUUUGAUCAGAUUCCCUCAUAAAUUGUUGAAAAGGCGACAAAACACAUUCAUAAUACCGCAUUCAUCCUGCAGAGCCUCAAGUAGGCUACAUCAGACAUCAUAUGAAGCUCAGUAAAGUGGCUCAGUAAAAAGCUCAGUGAAGUAGAAUUGCUGACACAGCAUAGAAAGAACUCGUUGGUAUGGAAGCAUCGGCUCUAAAGAGAGCUGCUCAUGAGAGACCUCUACGGCCACUUUUGCUUUUCAUUAACGCCGACAAGGAAGAAUUGUUAUUAAAAAGGUGUAUAAUGAUGAUGUCAAUAACGAAAGUGAAUCAUUAUCGGCAGUAGAUAGAAAUCCACAUCUGUGGAUCUUCCUAUUGCACAACGCUUGUUUAGUUGAUUAAAAUUUAAUCCUGUUGCGGCAUUUAAGCUUACGAAGGGAUCAUUUCGGCGGGGCUACUUUCAAUUUUGAGUGUUUGGCCAUGUAAUGAAACUAGUGACAUAUCCCUGGGAACCCUCACCCUGUUUAAAGCGCUAUAAUGGUAGAACGGUACUACCAUCUUUCUUGGGGAAGGGAGUGAUCUCUUACUCAGUUUUAGACAAGUUUUCAGCUAGCUGCUUGAACCCAAGGCCUAGAUAUACGCAAUGACUAUACAUGUAUAUUAAUUUUGUUUUACGUUGGGAUUGCCAAAACAAUAAACAGGAUGGGCUUUGACAUGAGCUCAUCAUCACGUGCUCAUGAGGUGAAUGGAUAAAAAUGCUUCUCCGAGAUUGUACAUUGUGUUACAGGGUAAAUAUUUUGUCACUUUAUAGCAUAUCGUAACGUGUAAUGGAAAUGGUUUUUGAAAUAAACAAACGGACAAUUCGGUAUUGGUUGUUAAAUUUAGACCGACAAUUCCUGGUUGGGUUUUGAAGUUUGGACGAGUUGUCUGAGUCUUGAGUUUGAGGACCGAGGGUUCAACGUCUGCCCAGUGCAUGCGCACACAAAGCAUUGGCAUGAUCCCCUUGAGUAUCCAUGGAGUAUUU